CUUACAUUGGGGGGUCAGUGGGAAGAAUGUCCCUUACAUUGGGGGGUCAGUGGGAAGAAUGUCCCUAACAUUGGGGGUCAGUGGGAAAGAAUGUCCCUUACAUUGGUGGGUCAGUGGAAGAUGUCCCUUACAUUGGGGGUCAGUGGGAAGAAUGUCUCUUACAUUGGGGCGAGUAACUGAUCAAGUGUGGAAUAAUGAAAUGACCUCUACAAAUCUGGGGCUCCAGAUGAGGAAGAUAUGGUCUCCUAACAUUUGGCGGAUUAUGUCACAGUGGGUAAGCCUGUCCUCUUAAUCAUCUGGGAGGGUCAGUGUGAGAAAUGUCCCUUACAAUUGGGGCAACUUAGUCAGUGGGGAAGAAUAAUCAAAUAAUUGAUCACCUUAACAUUGUGGGGUGUAGUCAGCGGGAAAGAAAGUGUCCUUACCAUUGCGGAGUUCAAUGGAAAGAUGUACCUUACAUUGAACGGAGACGUCAACUAAGUGGAAGAUUAGUCCCUUACAUGGGGUGUCGUGGAAAGCUAGAUGUCAGCACUUACAGUUGCGCGGGUCAGUGCGGAGAUAUGUCCCCUCCAAU